AUGUCGACAAACGGGACGCAACAUUUCAGCACCAAGAACUGCAAGGAGCCGGGUCCUUACUGUCCAGUCGAGGCUACAGUGUUGGGCUAUUAUCCCAACCUCGGCGCGAAUGCCUUUCUCGUCGCCGGAUUUGCAACCUGCCUCCUGGUGUUGCUGAUUACGGGAAUCCGGAAGAAAACCUGGGGUUAUUCUGCGGCUCUGGUGGCAGGAUGUAUACUUGAGGUAGCUGGUAUGUAUAACUUGAAAUACGAUACACACUUGAGAGCAAAACAUCAGGAUAUCAUGACGUUUGGAUCUAUAUGCUCGACGACAAGUUCAACAGAAAAGACAAAUGCUGACCCAGGGAAAUUCUUCCACAUUGUAGGCUACAUUGGUCGCAUCCAGAUGCACGCCAACCCCUUUAGCAAAGACGCAUUCCAGCUGCAGAUAUCGGCCAUAGUGCUCGCGCCAACACUCCUCUGCAUCUCCAUCUACCUGACGCUCAAGCACGCGGUCCUGUCGCUCUCGCCGGGCCUCUCGCGCGUCCGCCCGCGCCUCUACCCCCUCAUCUUUGUGCCCGCCGACGUCUCGUGCCUGAUUCUCCAGGCCAUCGGCGGCGGCCUGGCCGCCUCGGCCGGCUCCUCGGGCGAGAACGCCGACCUGCUGCUCGCCGGCGACCGCGUCAUCAUCGUCGGCAUCGCCCUCCAGGUCGCCGUGCUCCUCGGCUUCGGCACCAUGGCCACCGACUACCUGGUUCGGGUGCGCCGUGUCCUCGUCCGAUCUGCUGCUGCUGCCGCCUCGGGUAAUGACGACAACGACAAUGUGCUGGCGCCCGGGGCCCGCGCCCUGUGGGUAGACAAAAAGGCCCGCAUGUUCUUUUUUGCCGUCCUCGGCGCCUAUUUCGGUAUCCUGAUUCGGUGCAUCUAUCGUAUCGCCGAGAUGAGCGGUGGAUGGGGCAGCACGAUUAUGCGCGACCAGCCCAGUUUCAUUGUGCUCGAGGGCUUUAUGGUCCUCAUCCCUGUGGCUCUGUUGACAGCCUUCCCGCCCGGGUUCCUGUUCCCCGCCAUGGCUGAGAGGGAAGCCCAGCGGUUCAGGAAGAAGGGGAAGAAGAGCGACGAGAAGAGUGCGGCUGAGGGCAACACAGUCGAGACUGGUGUCAAGCCUGGCGACGAAACUUCUGACGGGGCUGAAGUAGCACCUGUGAAAGCCGAAAAACCCCUACAGGUAUAG